AUGAGAAUCGGGUGCUUGCAGUUUGCACCCCAGGUGGGCGAUGUUGACAACAAUCUGAACCGUGCCGAUGCAGUGCUUUCCAAAGCAAAUCCCGAGGAUUUGGACCUUUUGGUCUUGCCCGAGCUGGCCUUUUCUGGCUACAAUUUUAAGUCGCUGCAAGACAUCUCACCAUUCCUUGAGCCCUCGGGCUCAGGCAUUACUGCACUAUGGGCUCGGACAAUGGCCUUGAAGUACAACUGCACUGUUCUUGUUGGAUACCCAGAGAAAGUCGACGUGUCUCCCAAGUGGCCCACUGGCCCCGAGUACUACAACUCGGCCAUCGUGGUGAAUGGUGAUGGCGAAACAAUCGCCAACUAUCGAAAGUCUUUCCUUUACUACACAGAUGAGUCAUGGGCGCUGGAAGGUAAUCGUGGAUUUUACGAUGGAUAUAUCCCAGGACUUGGGAAUACUUCCAUCGGCAUUUGCAUGGAUAUCAAUCCCUAUAAAUUUGAAGCACCGUGGCACGCAUUCGAGUUUGCCUUUCACGUUCUCGAAGUCGAAUCCAAUCUCGUCAUCGUUUCCAUGGCAUGGAUGACCAGAGAGGAUCGCCGCCACUACAGUCGAAUGCCCAAUGAGCCAGACAUGGAUACAUUGACAUAUUGGGUCACGCGGCUAGAACCCCUGAUCCGCUCUAAUAACGAGGACGAAAUCAUCGUCGUCUUUUGCAACCGUACCGGCGUCGAAGAUGAAGUGACCUACACUGGUACAAGCGCUGUUAUAGGCAUACAGGAGGGAGAAGUGAAGGUAUAUGGUCUGCUGGGGAGAGGGGAAAAGGACUUGCUGGUUGUGGACACGACCAACCCGCCUUAUGCCAAGAUGGUUUAUCGACCAGACGCCAGUGCUUUGAACAAGCCUGUUGGCGCGCUCGAACUGCCUUCUCAUGUCAAUGGCCAGACCCCAGCAUACACCAAGACACACCAUGUUAUUGGAGCCCUGGAUCUGUCCAUGGCCCAGCAGUCACCGCCUACCGAAACCUCGAUUCCUCCUCAAGUGUUGGAUCCUACGAAAGGCAAACAGGCAUCUCCCCUUCAGCUGAUUGGAAAACCCCAGCAAAUAUCUCCCGCCAAGCAAAUAGCGAAGCGACGAGCGCCUUCUAUCUCGAUCCCGCCCCCAUUCGAAUCAGCCAAUCGUAAUCAGGCGGCCGAUGCAGCAGAUGGCAAUAUUCCAACUCCUUCUGCCCCUAGUCCGACGCCCAUGGCUGUUCGUCCAAGACUCGUUAUUCCGCAGUCACCGAUCUCGACUUCCAAUCCGCAAAAUCCAGAGGAUAAUCUCCUAAGCGCAACGUCUAUAAGAUCUGCACAGUCAAUGCAAUCAGUCAAAUCCAAUGAAUCAGAGGUCUCGGCUCAAACAAUUCGUUCCAACCCGAGACCACCAGAAGACAGCACGCCAUAUCCUCAUAGUGGCCUUCCCCUGAGCGGAUAUCCUUCAAACUCCUUCCACAAUGAGUUCGAGCGGCGUAUCUAUGGCGGCAAUGUGACCAUUAACCACGGUGCAGAUUCCUUCAACUCUCCGACAACUCCGUUUGCUGCAUCUACGGCAUCACCACGUUGGUUUUGGCGACCACAUGACAGCAUAAUUCGGACACCAGUCGUUGGUGGAGAAUGGACUCCCAGCACGCCGGUCGGACGGAAAGCAGAACCUUUUCCAUGGGAAGCACUCAAGGAUACCACUCCCUUACCGAAUACAACGAGCGAGAGCGAGAGCAUAAACGGUGUUCCAGCGCUUCAGCAAACAAGAUCCAAAUAUUCACAGUCUCCGAGGUCGAACACGUCGUCAAAUAGAACUGGAAAGUCAAAAUCGUCCACGGAGGCGCAGACGCAGCGCAUAAAGUCCCCUAAUGAGAAGAAUCCCUCAAGACCCUCGUCGCCAAAGUCACGGAAUGCGAGCCGCUCUGGGAUAAGAGGCAGAUCUGAUUCAUCACUAAGCCCGCAAAACAUCCCGAGCGCAGUAUCGCAGCAUAUCGAGCAAAUUUCUCAGCGAGCCGAGUCGAGAAAUAGACACAGCACAGAUUAUCAUCAAAGCGGGCUAGCCAUUGACCGUCCUACGUCUUUACUAAACCUGGCAAGCGAUGGCCAGCAUAGUACUAGAGCGGAUUCUGCAAUGCAUCAUAUGAUACCUAUUGUUGCGAGCCCUAGUCUCUUGGGGCCUGGGACUCGAGCAUACAUACCUACGCCCGUGGCGGUAGACUACUACCGAAGUUCUACAAUUGGGGCAUCUUCUCCCAAUACAUACUCACAGGUGCCUGAUGAUGGCUCCAAGCCUGGAGCCCAUGGCAACAACAGUGUCGGUAGUCACCAAGCAUUCACCAACGAUGCAAAACAAAGGUCGAUGGCUUCUCUGAUCAAUCGCGGCGAAACGAAGUCAUCACGCUCUGUGAGCAGAGGUCGUCAGCCUAAAAGGAGAGCUGCAUCUACCGGCGCAGCCAAAUUUGACCCGCAGUCUGAAAGGGCCACCUCUGCGGACUCCGUGAUAAAUACUAUACUGCACAGCAGGGUUGGAAAGCGACACUCGGACAAGGACUCGCAACGCCCGCAUGAUGAUGGGAUUUCUCACACUGAUUGCCAACAUCAACAUCCCCAGAACACCCCUAAUGAGUCAGAAUUCGAGAGAGUCGAGGUUGUCAGCUGUCCUAGUUGUCCGGUCCAUGGCCGCCAAUCUGCUUCUGUCAACGGCUCCUCCAAACGGCUGUCUGAUCCUUCCGGCCAAAGGAGACAUUCUAUCCGAGAUGCGACAUCGGAAUUCCAAACUGAUCGGACCUACGAUAUCACUGGAGAGCAAAGAGUAAUGAAGAAACCGGGGGCGAACCACGUUUUGGCUCAACGAGCCGCUACCACGGAUGUAUUGAUCGGGGCCAAGGAUCAUAACUCACGUCCUGCCGCUAAUGGGCAGAUGGGUAGAACUGAUGCCCUGUUUGUCAAAACAGCGGUCAAAAACACAUCUCCUAAAUCUGAGCCAAGAUCUACGAAGCCAAAGUUCAAUCCUACUACACCAAGAGCAAUGAUGUUCCUUCCUGCGGAUACUUGUAUUGACAAAAUACCCAGCACUGAGUUGGGGGAUGAUGAACAAUUUCCAAGCUGGUUAACUGUUGAAAAGAAGGUGCAAAAGCCGAAGUUGGGUCAAAAUCUUCACUGGACAAAUUGA